AGUUUUUGAGGAAAAAUAUAACUUCUUUUAAUUAGUUACAAACAAAGAGGAUAAAAGAAGUAUUAAAAUUAUAUGAAUAGCUCAGGUGGCUUACUGCCGCCAAUGUCACCAACUCCACUAUUCCCUUGGCUGCUAAAUGCUCCAAAACCACCACCUGAAGCAGCUCCAGCAAAUCCCCCAUUUGAAGGAACAGCACCGGCAAAUCCUACACCAGAAAAUCCACCACCAGUGGAUGCAACACCAGCAAACCCUCCACCAAUGGCAGUGUUAGUAGAACUACUUCCAGCAAAUCCACGACCAAAAGCACUGGGAGGGGAAAAACCACUUCCAGGUAAGGAGUGGACGAAAACGCAAAUAAGAAAGAUAACAGAUCAAGUUUUUGAAAAAGUACAGAAUCAAAAGGAAAGUGAUAGGUUGAGUUUUGAAGAACUGUAUAUUGCUGUUUUACUCGUGUACAAUGAUAUCAACAAGUAUAUACCUGGUCCCCAUGUUGACCCUCCAUCAAAAGCCAGAGUCGAAGAAGUCAAAGAGAGCUUCCGAUCUUGGAACUUCGUUCCGUGUAGUUGUGCCGUCGUCGCUAUCCGGCCACCGUCCCUGCCUCUAUCGUCGGUUGGGGUCAUUGAUAAGGCAGAAAGGUGCGCCCAACUCCGGCGACCAUAAACGUCGCUGCACAGUUGCCACCGCUGCUGUCUGACCAUCACCGCUGCCGCCGUCGUCGGUUGGGGUCGUUGAUAGGGCAGAAAGGUGUGCCAACUCCGACAACCACAACGCCGGAAGUCGCUUCAUGAGAGGAGCCGCCACGCGCCUCCACCGUCACCGGCGCCACAGACAGAGUCGCUGGAGCCUCUUGAGUCUGUUCCUAGGGUUUGUAACGACCCCGUUUGAUCUUUUCUUGAGUAGAUCUGGGCUUUUAAGUUCUGCUCCUUUUUUUUUCGGUGUGACCCAUAUGUCGUCAUUGUCUUGGAGACUCUCAUUGCGUUCUACGAGAUGUCUGAAGCAAAAAUUAUUCCUUUGAACGCAAUGAAUCAAUCAAUGAGUAAGCCCUCUGGAUCAUGUACUCUGUCCAUAAAAGGUAAGAUUUGCCUCAAUACUGUUGAUCAUGUGUCUCAAGGUAUUUGGAUCCUUGAUUCGGGUGUAACUGAUCAUAUGACACCUUUUAGUGUUUCCUUCGACUCAUAUGGUAAAGGAAAUAAAUAACCGCUUAUUAGAGUUGCGAAUGGUCAGGAUAUACCCAUAUGCGGCUCUAGGAAUAUAAUUUUGGACUCAUCUAUUGUAUUGAAGGAUGUUUUACAUGUUUCUCAAUUAACUAACAAUCUUAUCUCUAUGCAAAAACUCACAAAGGAUUUAAAUUGCUNAGUAACAUUUUUUCCAACUUAUUGUGUU